AGCUCCCUCUUAUCCUGGGGAGGAGAUGGUGCCCUAUGAGAGACAGAGAACGGUUGGUGGAGGUUAGGUAGGGCAGGGGUGGGGGCUACAGUCAGAGCCCCAACUUCUGAGGGAUGCAGGAAUUGUACUCUGCCCAGACCCCGCAAAACAGGCCCUCCAAUCUUAACCUGCUCAGUGUUUCUUAGCUCAUCACCCUCUCUGUGGUCGAGAAAGCCAGGCGAGGAGGGGGUCGCCCCGCAGGAGCCCUAUGUAAAUCCUGGUGUUGGGUGGGUGGGGAGGGGUAGAGAAGGGGAAAUAAACCUCUUUGGCUGGAGUAGGGUCUGGGUGAGCAGAUUUCCUUAUCCGGGAAUCGCAGGCCGGGUGGCCAUUGGCUCGGAGGAUCACGUGGGCCUCUAACUUUGUUCACUUGACAGUAAGUAGGAGGGCUUUCGGAAACAGGAAAACGAGUCAGGGGUCGGAAUAAAUUUUAGUAUAUUUUGUGGGCAAUUCCCAGAAAUUAAUGGCUAUGAGUUCCUUUUUGAUCAACUCAAACUAUGUCGACCCCAAGUUCCCUCCGUGCGAGGAGUAUUCACAGAGCGAUUACCUACCCAGCGACCACUCGCCCGGGUACUACGCCGGCGGCCAGAGGCGAGAGAGCGGCUUCCAGCCGGAGGCGGCCUUUGGGCGCCGGGCGCCGUGCACUGUGCAGCGCUACGCGGCCUGCCGAGACCCCGGGCCCCCGCCACCUCCGCCGCCCCCGCCGCCCCCGCCACCGCCCGGGCUGUCCCCUCGGGCUCCCGUGCAGCCAACAGCCGGGGCCCUCCUCCCGGAGCCCGGGCAGCGCAGCGAGGCGGUCAGCAGCAGCCCCCCGCCGCCUCCCUGCGCCCAGAACCCCCUGCAUCCCAGCCCGUCCCACUCCGCGUGCAAAGAGCCCGUCGUCUACCCCUGGAUGCGCAAAGUUCACGUGAGCACGGUAAACCCCAAUUACGCCGGCGGGGAGCCCAAGCGCUCUCGGACCGCCUACACUCGCCAGCAGGUCCUGGAACUGGAGAAAGAGUUUCACUACAAUCGCUACCUGACGCGCCGCCGGAGGGUGGAGAUCGCCCACGCGCUCUGCCUGUCCGAGCGCCAGAUCAAGAUCUGGUUCCAGAAUCGGCGCAUGAAGUGGAAAAAAGACCACAAGUUGCCCAACACCAAGAUUCGCUCGGGUGGCACCGCGGGCGCAGCCGGAGGCCCCCCUGGCCGGCCCAACGGAGGCCCCCCUGCGCUCUAGUGCCCCCCAAGCAGGAGCUCGAACCUGGGGGGGCGGGGGGGGACAGCGAGCACCGAAGGGGGGAUGCGGGGUAUGGGAGGGUCCCCGGGCUUGAGCCCAGAAAAACCUAUCUACCCUACCCUCACUUUAUCUAUAAGGAAUAAACGCAGAGAAGGUGGGUAGGGAAGCCUUAUUUAUAGAAACGACAAUAGGGAGCCGGGUAAAGUCCUCCGGAAGCAAGAUUCGAGUCUCUUGUUUUCUUCCUUUAAAAAAAAAAUGAGAGAGAGAAAGA